AUGGCGCUGCUCCGCGGCGCCAGCCCCGCCCCCAGGGCCGGCCCCGGCCCCGCGAUUGGCUCCGCUCGUUCAUGCCCGCCAAUGGCAGCCUGCGCUGCCCGUGACGUCACCGCGGCCCGGCGGCGCACGGCAGUGAACGUGCCCGCGGGAGCGCUGCGGGAGAGAAUUGCUGGGGAUUCAUCGGGAUCCUCUCGGGCUCCCACAGACCCUGCCGGACCCCCUGGGACCACUCUGCAGGCAGAGCAAGGGCUGCGGAACCGGGGGAACCCAGAAAUGGGCGGGCUCUGGUGGCGUCCAAGGGUGAAGGAAACGGAGACACGAGAGCCGGGAAGGGCCCGAGCUUCAAUGAAAGGACACACAGAGGAUAUCUCCUUAAUCUGUGUGUGCGGUGACUCUUUACAACAAGAACUUGUUUUCAAGGCCCAGGACAGCGUCCCAGGCAGUGACAUGGCACACAGGUGCUCUCACCCUGGUGCUUGCACCCCGGUGCUCACACCCCCAGCGUGGAGCUGCUCAUUCCCAGCCUUGUCCAGAGUGAACCAAGAGAAAAGGACAAGGGAGACGAGAAAGAAGGACAUGAUUCCGUUAAUUGUAGGUGCAGUAGCUGCAGCAACUCCCUGUUUGGCUAGCGAAAUUAUGCUGCUCAAAUUAAGAAGGAAGAAAACAGAAAGUGCAUGGGCCCCAGAAUCCAUGUUGAAGAAGGAAUACCAGAACCUGUCCCACAGAGUUGAAACUCUGGAAAAAGAUUUACAGGGAGGUCUGGAGACCAUAAAGCAUGAGUUUAAGGAUCUCAGAGCAGAGCUGCAGAAGAACCAAGAAAGGAAGGAAAAAGAAAGUGCAUGGGCCCAGGAAUUCAUGUUGAAGAAGGAAUACCAGAACCUGUCCCACAGAGUUGAAACUCUGGAAAAAGAUUUCAAAGAAGGUCUGGACAUCAUUAAGAAUGAGCUUAAGGAUGUCAGAGCGGAGCUGCAGAAGAACCAAGGAAAGAGGGAGGAGGAUAUUUUGUUGGCCCUGGAAUCCUUGUUGAAGAAGAAAGACCAGGAGACCUCCCAUCGAUUUGAAACUCUGGAAAAAGAUUUCCAGGAAAGUCUGGAGAGCAUUAAGAAUGAGCUUAAGGAUAUCAGAGUGGAGCUGGAGAAGAGCAAAGUCAAUAAAGAGGAGGAUAUUGUAUUGGUCCUGGCAUCCUUGUUGAAGAAGAAAGACCGGGAGACCUCCCAUCGAUUUGAAACUCUGGAAAAAGAUUUCCAGGAAAGUCUGGAGACCAUAAAACAUGAGCUUAAGGAUCUCAGAGCAGAGCUGAAGAAGAACCAAGGAGAGAAGGAGAAGGAAAGUGCAUGAGCCCUUGCUCAGGUCUCUGGACAGAGCACUUCUGGACAGCAAAUCCGUAUGACUAUGUAGAAGCUGAUUUAUUGUUUACUUUUAACCAUACUUAUACAUUCUAAAACUACUGUUAUAUGUAAUAUACAAAUCAAGCCGAAUUAAAAAUAUUAAAGCAACAA